CGAAACGUCAGUCUUUAAACUCUAUACAGUGGUCAAUUUACGUUUUUAACUCAGUUCAUAACACUGAAUUACCUGUUUACCUUUCUUUGUGGACUGUGAACGAAACAUGGCAGCAAAAUCAUUUGUUGGACUGCUGAUAUUUGCCCCGUGCUUGGUAACAGUUUCCUGUUUGCAGUGCUACCAAUGUAGCCGUGAAGACAAUAACGACGCUGAGGAACAUUGUGCGUUAUCGUCAUCCUCUGUACUAGGCAACAACACAAAAAUCAAUUGCAGUGCAGGUGAAGAUCAUUGCCUGAUUAUGAAAAGAUUUACGAAGGAAAAAUCUGUUGACCUGUUUAUACGGAGGUGCGCUGAUAAAAGCGAGUGUCACAAAUCCUGUACAGAUCCUGAUGAAAGGGGAGUGAAAAUCUGCGACCAAUGCUGUGAAGAAGAUCUGUGUAACAAAGGAAUGGGACCUCCAUUACCGCUGUCAAGGACGUCAAGGAUUCAGAUGAUGACGGGCCUGUCUUUGGUUGGGUUAUUACUGCUUUGGUUCUUUUAAAUGGAUUCUUCAUCGGAGACCCUAGUUUCCAGGACCUAUUGUCCACUUUGAUCUUGGUUUGUUUUGGUUCGUUUUGUUACAUUCUGUAUUUCUCUUUUCUU